CGGCUUACGGUACGUUCACACGGAGACACGAUUUGCCGAAUCUUAUUUUCAUCGGAUCUGGAAAAACCGAAUGUUGUAUUCACACAGCACAUCUUGCUUGGCCGUAUCCGACGGCCUCGUAUCGGGAUCUCGUGUGAACUCACCAUCCGGCUUUUAUUAGCAAGAGCGCGCACAGUUCCUCACGUUGAUUUGGAAGCGAUGGACGUGAACAGUCUUGCUAUACUAUACUGGUAUUAUCGCCGUCAGCGUCGUAGAAAAAGAUUGUGGUUAAACCCAAUAGUACAAAGAAGAUCAACAGUUGGUGCCUUUACAACUCUAAUGCAGCAGUUAAGAAAUGAUCCACAAAAAUUUUUUAACUACUUUAGAAUGACUAUACCUACAUUUGAUAAUCUUUUGAAAAAAGUGGAAAAAGAUUUGAAAAAGCGUGAUACAAAUAUGAGGAAAAGCAUUAGACCAGAAGAAAAAUUAGCGAUAUGUAUAAGAUAUAUGGCUUCUGGGUGUUCAUACAAGGAUUUACAUUACGCCUACCGAGUCGGAGUGUCUACGAUCAGUAACAUUAUUAAGGAAGUAACGAAUGCUAUUUGGAACAAUUUGCAUGGGGAGUUUAUGACAUUACCCAACACAAUAUCUGACUGGGAAUAUAUCGCCAAUGGAUUUAAUACUAGAGCAAACUUUCCCCAUUGCAUUGGUGCAGUGGACGGUAAACAUAUUAGGAUAAAAAAGCCAAACAACAGUGGUUCCAUGUUUAUGAAUUACAAAGAUUUCUUUUCCAUCGUAUUAUUAGCAGUGGUUGAUUCAUAUUAUAAAUUUACAUACAUCUGUGUGGGCUCGUAUGGAAAAGAAUGCGAUUCGACAAUAUUCAAGGAGUGUACUUUUUGGAAAAAACUAAUAGAUGGUGAUUUGCAAUUACCGGCAGCAUGUCCACUGACAAACGAUUCCGAUUUAUCGAUUCCGUUUGUAGUAAUAGGCGAUGAAGGUUUUGGCUUGCAUCAACAUUUGAUGAGACCUUACGGCGGAAACCAUUUGGAUAGAAACAAAAGAAUAUAUAACUACGAGGCCGUCGGAUACGGCCAAGCAAGAUGUGCUGUGUGA